CCAAGUGGCGUCGGCCGAAAUCGGUGGACGAGUAAAUUCAUCGCCAUGAGCCUGACCUUGCGUACGCUGGGCCGCCAUGCCUGCCGCGUCAAGAAGGACGUGGUCUUCCGCGCCGCGUCGUCGGCCGCCGCCAGCGGCGCCUUCGAGGCCAAGACGCAGAUCCCACCACCGGCGCCGUACACGGGUCUCUUCAGCACCAACUUUGACGUGACGGAGCCCAAGCACAAGGCGCGCAUGGAGCGCUGGAAGUGGCUCCUCGAGCUCCUCGGGUACUUUAACGAAGAGGCCACGAUGACGACCAAGUCGGCGCUGCUCUUCAACAGCUGCGUGAACCAGGCCGCGCACCCGAGCUUCUAUCGCGCGCUCGACUUGCCGCCGGACUUUCGGUCGCAGCAAGCACUCUUGAUCCUGCAUGUGUGGAUCGUGCACCGCCGGCUCAUUGCAUCCAAGACGCCCAACACGCCCAAGGAGAAGAUCGACCCUGGCAAGCUCCUCCAAGAAGCGCUCUUUGACCGGCUCUGGGAAGACACGACGGUCCGGAUCCGCAACCAAAACGUCUCGGAGCUCACGGUCAACAAGCAUCUGCAUGAAGUCCAGCAGCGCAGCUUCAACCAGUGUGUCGCGUACGACCAGUACUUUGCCGCGAACGGCGCCAAGCGUUCGCUGAGCGAAGCCAUCUCCAAGCACGUGCUCAACGUCGAGCCGUCGGCCAAGCCGAGCCAGACUGCCCUUCUCACGGCGUACGUCCAACGCGAGCUCAAGACGAUGCACAAGCUGCCGCUGGACGUGCUCGAGACGGGCGACCUGCCAUGGGGCCCGCCGCUGGCCAACCCGAGCAACAUGAGCUACGACGACGACGAGUUCGACCUCAUCGGCCAGCGCUACGGCAACUGGCGCAGCGCCCUCGACGUCCGCGGCACGCGCUACUUCUGGAACAUGACGACGCGCUUCUCGUCGUGGGACAAGCCGACCAAGGACACGAAAUAGAGUUAAGAACUUCGAGCAUCCACAUUUGUCGAUUCAAAUGCAUCGUUGUACCUACG